AUGACAGAAGUUGCAGAAAGUGUACCUCUAAACGACCAGCCUGUGGCUGAUUCAGAACAACCCAACGAUGCUGUUGUUGAAGAUGGUGAUAAUCAGGGAUUGGCAAAGCAUCUAAAUCUAUUCAAUGGAGUUUCCAUUAUUGUUGGUUGUAUUAUUGGCUCUGGAAUCUUUGUUUCUCCUACUGGAGUUCAAGAAAUGGCUGGAUCUGUUGGAAUGUCACUGAUCGUUUGGGCUGUCUCAGGAGUUUUCACUGCUAUUGGUGCCUAUUGUUAUGCUGAACUUGGUACCCUCAUCAAAAAAUCUGGAGGAGACUAUGCUUAUAUUAUGGAAGCGUUUGGACCUUUCUUGGCUUUUGUUCGCUUAUGGAUUGAAGCAAUCGUUGUUCGGCCUUGCACUGUUACAAUUGUUUCUCUGACUUUUGCUAUCUACAUUCUGAGACCGUUCUACCCUGAAUGUGAUCCUCCCGCUGGUGUACCUCAACUGUUGGCUGUUCUUCUUAUUGUCUUGAUGACAGCCAUUAACUGUCUGAGUGUUCGAGCUGCUACUUUCGUCCAGGACUUCUUUACUGUUGCCAAAGUCUUCGCUCUUCUUUUGAUUAUUGGGUCUGGCUUGUAUCUUCUCGGUUUUGGAGGUGUUCAGUACCGCGAAUCGUUCGAGAAUAUAUUCGAAGGAACAACUAGAGAUCCCACACAGAUUUCGUUAGCUUUCUACUCCGGUCUUUUCGCCUUCUCUGGAUGGAAUUUCUUGAACUUUAUUGUAGAAGAAAUGAAAAACCCUAAGAGAGAUCUUCCAUAUGCCAUUGCCAUCUCUAUAUCUACAUGCACUCUAAUUUAUUUCCUCACUAAUGUUGCGUUGUAUGCCGUCAUUUCUCCAGAUGAAAUGCUCGAAAGUCCUGCUGUUGCUGUGCUUUUUGCGAACAAAUUGUUUGGUCCAUUUGCUUUCUUAAUGCCUUUAUUCGUCGCCUGCUCCACUAUAGGAUCAGCUAAUGGUGUUAUAUUCACAUCCUCCAGACUUUUUUAUGUCGGAGCCAGAGAAGGUCAAAUGCCAGUUGUUCUUACCAUGAUCAACAAAACCACCAGAACUCCAAUUCCAGCUGUACUCUUAACUGGAUUGCUAUCAAUUUGCUAUUUGGCACUCUCAAAGAACAUUUACGCAUUAAUUAACUAUAUCCAAAUUUCUUAUUGGUUAGCGAUCGGUGCGGCUAUCGCAGCCUUAUUCUAUCUUCGAAAAACAAUGCCAAAUGCGCCAAGGCCAAUUAAGGUGCCAUUGAUCUUCCCCGCAAUUUUCUUGUUAGGAUGCAUAGCUUUAGUUGUUAUCCCCAUGAUUGCAGCUCCUAAAGAUACUGCUGUUGGAAUUCUUAUUAUGUUGUCUGCUAUUCCAGUUUAUUUGAUUUUCAUUGCAUGGAAGACGAAACCAGCUUUCAUCGACAAGUUCACAACUUCUUUCACGAUUUUCAUUCAAAAAAUGUUUAUGGUUGUUGAUGAUUCGAAGAAUGAUUAG